CGUCUGCUCUUCUGGGACAUGUGCAAACUUCCUUUUAUCACUUGAACCAUUACGACAUGGCAUUACAUCAACGAUUUCGUUACCCUAUAGCUGGCCUGCUAACAGCAAGUCGGUCACCACAUAGUAAAGUAUCUUAAAUAAGCUUGUUCUGAGGAGCCUCAUGGCAUUUUUUUAAUCAGCCCGUUAUGACUUCAGCGGUUUACAAUCCAAAGCACUUUCACAUUGCUCGAUUCUCCAGCACACCCUCACAGUCCGAACACAGAGCUGAAACUAUUCCAACCUCUCUACCUAACUUUGAUGCAGUUCGUUUUGUCUCGCUCCUGGAGAAAGAAGGCUUUUCCAAGAAUCAGGCAAUGGCAGUCGUGUCCGCCCUGGACGAUGUCGUGGAGGAGAGCGCUUCUAUCAUCAAAUAUUCUCUCAUCAGCAAAGCUGACCAGGAACUGACCAUCAAUCAAUACAAAGCAGAUUUUUCCCAGCUCAAAAGGGAUAUACAUGAAGUGGAACAAACCGAUGUAGAUAAUGUCAAGCAGGCAAACGAAUACCUCAAAUCGGAAAUUGAGAAAUUAAAAAAGGCGCUGAGUGAGGAGAUUACACGAUCUCAUGCCGGCGUUCGAUUAGAUAUCAACCUGGAGAAAGGACGUAUUCGCGAUGAAGGAUUACUGCUCCAGGACCACUUGCAGCAUACUGACCACAGAAUCGAGAGUGAGAUUCGAGCGCUGAGAAAACAUAUGGAAGGCAUCAAGCUUCAAAUUCUACAGUAUAUGAUCGGUACCAUUACUACCGCUGGAACUCUACUUUUAGCAUACAAGCAGCUUAUCGAGUAAUGGAUGCAUCUUCAAGGCUUACAUUAUACUACUAUACUUUUGAUGGCGCGACAAUCUAGAUGAUGAUGCGUCAAUUUGAAGACCGUAUUGCUUUUUGCAGCAUAGUUUGGAGUGUUGUAUUUUUCCAUAUAGAAAUGACGAUGUCCUAAAAAUUCGCCUCUGCUAAAAAAUAAUGAUAUUUAAAAAAAAAAAAAUCUCAAGAUGUAUGAUUUCCACAUCAUUGAUAGUUCUUCUGGCUAAACCGAUUCCGUUAAGUACUUUGAAGCUUGCUUAAAAAUUCUGGUCUAUUCAAUAAUGUUUUGCAAC